AUCUCGCGCCUCACCUCCGCUGUCAAACAGUGGUGAGGCUCGAGCGAAGCGUGCCCUCCCAUUGGCUGCUGCCGCCCGUCGUUGCCAUGGGCGUGUAGGCGAUGUCGCCUACUAAACCGGGCUUAGAGAAGAAGUCGGCUUUUUUGACGAACGCAGUAAAUUUCGUUGGGAAAACCGAGACACAAAGAAGCGGCAUGGUGGUGUUUUGUUGAUUGUCUGUCGAGUGCAGCUUUUUAAAGGAGAAAGUGCCGAAGACGCGCGUUUAAGCGCAGCGGAUAUCUUAAUUCAGCUAUACAGCGCGGAAAGCAUCCGCAGGCAGCGUGAGGCUCGUUUAUUGUUAUUUUUUGAGGGCGCUCAGAAAAACGACGCUACUCCUCCGCCUUUCCUCCUCGUGUUAAACAGGACUUGGAUAUGAAGUGCUUUGGCGAGGAAAAGAGCUAAUGCGACACCUCUGCCCACGGCUGCGGCUAAGCAUUGGGACGGUCGCUCGGUCUGGCCGUAGCUAACGUUGGCUAGCUACCCGUAGCAAGCUAGCUAUUCACAUUCCUGCGAGAGUGCGAGCAGCUCGAGUCAGAGAGGUGGACGGAGUAGAGCUGACAGCCCUUCUGCUGCUCAGCUGGACCUCAUUAAGAUGACUGCUUGAUCGGGGGGGUUCCCGCCGGCUAUAAACUGGACGUCACCGCUGGAAGAGAGGCGUGGGAGUGUGAAACCGAGCCCGCGUUGCCCCAUGUUGACGACCUGCGUCUGCUGCAGCCCCACCGCGGCGAGCUCGGCCACGGCGCCGCCGCUUCCCCCACUGCACUGGAAGAAGCGGAGCGGGCGUUUUUAAAGCUGCGCGGAGAGACCGGCAUGGAGAUCGGCGACGGGCUCGGAACCACCGCCGCUUCCGCGGCAUCCAAGUGUCCCUCCGUGCCAGGUUCGCGGCGCGAUCUGGUUGUUAACGCGUGCGCUCCUGAGGCGGCGAACGGCGGUGGCGGCUCGGGCUCGGCUAGCGAAGGCGCGAUGGUGCGCGGAGGCAGCGACCCGAGCGCUUCGAGCUACCGGCUGGGAGGAGGAGCGCGUCACCAGCGCUUCAUCCGCAGGAGCCUGUGGUUCGCCGACAGCGACGAGCAGCCGUCCGAGCCGACCGAGGCCGAGUGCGUGAGCGUGAGCGCGAGCGUAAGCCUGCGGAACUUGGUGGUGGACCGGAGCCGCAGGGCCAUGCGCUCGAGCCUAAGGGAGGGCUCGAGCACCGAGAGCCAGGGACAAGGCGGACAUAAGGACAGUGCUACGGAGAGCACGAGCGCGGACGAGGAGAGAGGGAGAGGAGCCGCCGCUGCCGCCGCCGCCGCUCUAAACAUCGACUCGCCUGACGGGAGAGCGAGCGCGACGAAAAGCGCAAGUGAAGAGAACGAGGAGGAGGCCGAGAUGAAGGCCGUGGCCACCUCACCCGGUGGCCGCUUUCUCAAGUUCGACAUCGAGCUCGGGAGGGGCUCCUUCAAGACCGUCUACAAGGGCCUGGACACCGAGACGUGGGUGGAGGUGGCGUGGUGCGAGCUCCAGGACCGAAAGCUGACCAAAGUGGAGAGGCAGCGCUUCAAAGAGGAGGCAGAGAUGCUGAAGGGUCUUCAGCAUCCGAACAUUGUGCGCUUCUACGACUUCUGGGAGUCUCUACUCAAAGGGAAGAAAUGCAUUGUCCUGGUGACGGAGCUCAUGACCUCAGGGACGUUGAAAACCUAUCUGAAACGCUUUAAGGUGAUGAAGCCAAAAGUCUUACGGAGCUGGUGCCGGCAGAUCCUGAAGGGCCUGCACUUCUUGCACACACGCACCCCUCCCAUCAUCCACCGGGAUCUCAAGUGUGACAACAUCUUCAUCACAGGCCCAACGGGCAGCGUGAAGAUCGGAGACCUAGGUCUGGCCACCCUCAAGAGAGCCUCCUUUGCCAAGAGUGUCAUUGGCACUCCGGAGUUCAUGGCCCCAGAGAUGUAUGAGGAGCACUACGAUGAAUCAGUGGAUGUUUACGCCUUCGGCAUGUGCAUGCUAGAGAUGGCCACGUCGGAAUACCCCUACUCUGAAUGCCAGAACGCUGCCCAGAUCUACCGCAAAGUCACCAGCGGGGUGAAGCCUGCCAGCUAUAACAAGGUCAUGGACCCGGAGGUCAAGGAGAUUAUUGGCGAGUGUAUCUGCCAGAAUAAGGAGGAGCGCUACUCUAUAAAGGACCUCCUGAACCAUGCCUUCUUUGCGGAGGACACGGGCGUGCGGGUGGAGCUUGCUGAAGAAGAUGACGGGAGGAAGGCAUCUAUCGCACUCAGGCUGUGGGUGGAGGACCCGCGCAAGCUGAAGGGCAAGUACAAGGAUGGGGGUGUCAUCGAGUUCACUUUUGACCUGGAGAAGGAGGUGCCUGAGGGCGUGGCUCAGGAGAUGGUUGAAUCUGGCUUGUUCCACGAGAGUGAUGCAAAGAUUGUGGGGAAGUCUAUUCGGGAUCGUGUGGCGUUGAUAAAGUGGAGACGAGAGCGCACCGUGCCGUCAGCAGCUCAGAGCAGCAUAGCUCAAACCCCACCUGCCCAGCUGCCUGCUGGCACAGUGCCCACUCUGUGUGAGCCCACCGUGCCAGCAGAGCCCGAAGAGACAGAAGCAGACCACCACAGCCGUCUGGGCCAGCCUAGUGCUAGCACUACCUCUGUAACGUCUGACAGUGGUGUUGGCUCUACAGUAUACUCAGACUCCCACAGUAGCAGCCUGCACAGUGUCAUAUACCAGUCUCUGCAGGAACCCGUCUCCACGGCAACACGGCAGCAUCAUCCCAGUGGCCCAUUUUUGACACCUCAUGAUCAUGUUUUGGAAGCGUGGGCUUCCUACCAGGGGGCGGGACAAAAAGUAUUUACGUGCCAGGAAAGUGCACAUGUGACUGACACUUUCCGAAACCACCCAUGUGUCCAGUCCAUUUUCCGGCCAAUAAGCCCUGCUGCCAUGUAUGUGACAUCAGCUCAGUCAGACUCAAAAGAGGAAGAAGGGGAUAAUGCUUCCUUCACGCGAAAAUUGCUGCUCUCUCCAUUGCCCUUUGAACCUCGUCGCCAUAGCGACUCCUCCAUGGGGCUCUGGUGUGAGAUGGAACGUGAAGACAAUGAAGCUUCUGAGCCCCAGGGACGUCGAUGUUCUUUAAGUUAUGCCCCUCACAGUCCUCACCCCUUGUGCAACACCUGCCUUUCACUGCUCCUACUUAAGACUCGGACAGAGAAAAGCGCUGCAAUCGCACCCCCGUGUAUGUGCGCUAGUCAUCGUCUGUCUCCUGUGCUAUCACCUACUGGACUACUACCUGGAACAGGUGUGCAUAGGGGGUCCCACGUCGAAAGCUCUGACCUAUUAGACCUCAAUAAAUCUCUGGAAAACAUCACAGGCCACAAGCAUACCCCAAAUCCCUCCUUACUAAGAGUACCGUCAGUAGUUGCAGAACAUGGGCUGUAUCGGCCCGCCCGCAGCCAUGGUGACGAGAAACAGAUGGCGGAGUCUCUGAGUGGUGAUCUAAUGCCAAAGCCUACAACACACCGCAGAGCAAGUGUGUGUGUGGGUGACCACGGCCUCAUUCACUGGUCUGGAGCACCCACUCCAACCCUGCAGAUUCAUGCCCACGUGCUCCAGCCUUCUCAGAGCUACUCGGCAGCAUCUGUUGUAGCAUCCAUACAGCCCAGCUAUCCACCUACAGCACAGUCUGUGCUUCCCCAGAGCUACCCUUCUGUCCCCUCCACGGCGCAGCAGUCCACAUUUGUCCAGCAGUUACCAGUGCAGCAACCUGCACAGAGCACAUUGAUUGCCCCACCGUUGUUGAAUGUGCAAAGCUACUCUGCUGUAGGACAAACUGGACAGCCAAGUGUCCAAGCAAAUGUGCAUCCACAUGCACCUGUGCAACAGACUGUCAGCACUCAGAGUUAUGUGCCAGUUGGAACUGUACAAACUUUGCCAGCUGCAGCCAGCCAAGUGUUACCUUCUGUGCUGCAAGUGGUAGGUGCAGCCACCCAAACAUUACCACCGGGAAAGCAAGCCACAGCUGCAACUGUUCAGCAUGUGGCAAAUGCCCCAAACCUUGAAGCCUCACCGAGCAGUGUGCAGCCUGUUUCGUACGUGCCUGUGCAACAGGUCUCAACUGUGCAAAGCUAUCCUGACAUUGCAUCUCUGCCACUUAGCAUGCAAACUGUCGAGACUGGAGCUUCCAGCUUGCCGCAAGGGCAACAUGCACCGAUGCAGCCAAUACCAGAUCAACAGCCGGCUCAGCUGACAGGACAGGCCACUGCGCACCAAGGCUUUCACCCAAUGGGUGUGACAGCAGGUGGAAAAAUGACUGAAUUAACAGAAUCUCUGCAGUCAGUGGCUCCUGCAGCUGCAUCUGUGUUUCCAAGUCAUGCGGCCUCUGAAGCAAAUACCCAAAAGAUCCUUUUUUCUCAGCCAUCAAUGGUCCAGAGUUCUGCUGCUCAUCAGCUGCAACCACAUCAGACUUUCUCGUCUCAGCAACCAAAUCACCUCACACUGUUACCCUCUUUGAAUCCUGCCCAUUCUGUUGGGGCCACUCUUCCUGGACAUGAUUCCUGUCAGUCAUCUUUUCCCUCCUCUGUGCAGUCAUCCCUUGCUCCGCUGUACCUCUCCACUGGCCAGCUGGCCCCUUCACUUCCCUCCCUUUCACCAGUGCCCUGCUCACAGAUAGAGGGAGCUGUGACAACACAGUACCCUCUCCUACCCUCCACUUCCCCAAAACCCACACAGUGUCCCCAGCAACCCUUUGCUGCUCCUGCACUCACAACUGCAGUACCCACAAUGCACUCUUACCAACAGGGAUACCCUGUGGUUCAGCAACAAAGCGCAAGCUCCAUGCUCACGCCUUCCCUCACUAAGAUCGCCCCUUCAGUGCACCAAAACCUACCUCCUUCACCAAAUCCUGCCUCACUGUAUGCAGGAGCUCCUCCCACCUCCCCGGCUCCUCUUCCUCAGGGUGCCUCUACCAUCAAUAACCAGGCCCAGUCUGUGCUUCCAGUUCCAAACGCAGUCCAAGUGAGCUCUACUCAGAGCACCGUCUCAGUUCCCACUUCCGUUCCGGUUCAUUGCUCACAGAUUUCUAUUGCCACAACUCAGAACGGCACCACCAUCCUGGCACGCCAUGCCAAAACUACCAGUGCUUCCCAUCUCCCUCAACCCACCCUUCAUUCUGCAUCAUCAAACCAGUCCCCAUCCUUGGGCACUCUACCAGAUCCAGCAAGUGCUGCUGCGUCUUUGGAUCUAAACCAGGAGCCCUUUGCAGCCAGCUCCAGCAUGACGCAGCAAAAGCAGCCCAGCAGCACCUCAACUCAACAGAGCCAGCAGUCCAGUGCUGGUGGGAGCGAAGCGGGCCAGCCGCCCACUGAUGUUUUUGCCGAGGAAUCUGCACUGGAAAAACCUACAACAGUCCCUGGAUCUGCUUAUGACAGCAUGAACUCUGAUGCCACAUCAGGAAAAGAGAUGAGUGAUGGGAAUGAGGGGACACAUGGUGGGAGGAGUGAGUCAAGAGUCCGGAAACACCACCGCAGGUCCUCACGCACACGCUCUCGGCAGGAGAAGACUGGCAAGCCCAAACUGAGCAUGCUCAAUGUUUGUAAUACUGGGGACAAGAUGGUGGAAUGCCAGCUGGAGACUCACAACCACAAGAUGGUCACUUUUAAGUUUGAUCUGGAUGGAGAUGCUCCAGAGGAGAUUGCCACCUACAUGGUUGAGAAUGACUUUAUUCUGCUGCUGGAGAAGGAGAUGUUCAUUGAUCAGCUGAAGGACAUUGUGGAGAAAGCAGAGGACAUCCUGAAUGAAGACACAGAGGGAGAGAGAGGCACAGACCAGCCAUCCUGGCCCAAUCAGAGCCUCAUCACCGGGACCCCUGGCUCUGAGGGAACAAAACUUCAGCAAACACAGUCCAGUCAGCUAGUCUACCAGCAAAAUGUGCUCCACACAGGAAAGCGCUUGUUCAUCAUCUGUCCUGUGGCUGAGGUGCCUCCAUGCAAUAAAGAAGACAAUGUCACGGUCAAAGACCCUGAGGGCCCCUCAACGGCUCCGAUGCAGGAUACCAGUGUGGGUGGAACCAGACCGCUUCAGAAACACGCAUCUUUAUCAAAGCCCCCUCUCAGUGCCACUGAGCGCACUCAGUCAGUGGAGGACCCUAAGACUGGUCAUUCAGCAGGAGCAUCCGUGGUUACAGACAUCCCGUGCUGUCCCAUCGGCCCACCUGUUUCCCAGGAUAUGAGUGCACAGAAAACCAUCACAGCCCCUCACCAGCCAGCCAAUCCCAAUGCCAGCCCUGUCACAGACACGCCUCUGAGCCAAACUCUACCAGUAGUACUUCAGCAACCUUUUUCCACACCCAUUCCACCACCUGCUGUUGGUAGUACACAGUCACAGCCUCAAAGCCCUGCCCAUCAGACACAGCAAGCCCCUCUUACUACAUCUUCUACAUCAGGCCCUGCUUCGUCCCAGCCCCAGGCGGCAGGUGGGCCAGGAGAGUCCGAUGGAGAAGGGCCUCCCAGACUAGAGUUUGCUGAUAGGACAAUAAAGACACUCGAUGAGAAACUUAGGAACCUUCUGUACCAAGAGUACAACCCCUCACAAACCACAAGCUCAGCAUCUGACCCCCCAGGAUCACCACCAGUGUCAGACAGCCAGGGCAGCGAUGGACCACUGAGGAGAGGAGAAAUUCUGCCUCAGAUUCCAGAGAGGAGUGAUAGCCUUGGUACACUGAGUGACUCUGCAGUUGCUCCUUUGAACAGACUACUGAUUAGAAACGAUUCAACCGGCAGCUCUAGUGGACACAGUUCGUCUACGAGUCGCUUCAAGAUUGUGCCAACAGCUCCGGAUGUUGUGCAUCGUUUGGAACACGGCAGGAGGAGCCAAAGCUCUUGCAGCUCAGCAGUGACUGCUCAAGAUGAGGGAGCGGCUGCAGUAACCAUGGAUACUAGAGCUUACCUAACUGACAAUGGAGGCCAAGCCAACUCCCACAGCAAUCGUUACUCGGCUCCACCUGACUUCUAUCAGCUUUUCACUCAAUUUAAGGAGAUGCUGCCGUCCUGCCCAGAAGCCACACCUUCAAUCCCUCAUGCGCCGACCUCCCUGUCAAUUGAUACAGCGACGCAGCACGGCCUCCAUCUCACCUCAGAUUCUGGUGAAGACGACAAUUGCUUUGCUCCACCCAAUAAACCCACACAACCUGGCCAUGCUCUUUCAGAGCACAGUGGCAGUGAUCUGAUGAAGCGGGCGGUGGCCUUUUUCCGUCGCUCAGGUCGCAGUAGCAGCGUGCAGAGCUCCGAUUCGCCCAGCCGUCCACCACUUCAAAACGGACAUGCCCCCUGUGUCACCAGUCACGCCCACUCUACGUAUGUCAGCAGUGAUAAUGACUCGGAGUUUGAGGACGCAGAUAUGAAGAAGGAGCUCCAGAGGCUCAGAGAGAAGCAUAUGAAGGAAAUCUCGGAGCUGCAAGCUCAUCAAAGAAGCGAGAUAGAGCAGCUUUACUCUCAGCUGGGCCGCCCCGUGCCACCCAGUGUGGGCUUCCUUCAUGCAGCACCCCCAACAGGCCGCCGCCGCAGAGCCUCCAAACACAAACUCAAGGCAGGCAAGCUCCUCAAUCCCAUGGUGCAGCAGCUCAAAAACAACCGAGCUGAGACUUCUUCCAGUGCGUCAGCUUCUCCAGCCAAGAGCUCAAUUCUAGGUAACAGCUCAGUGGGUUCAAGCCUGGCCACACUGCAGAGUCCAGUGUCAGAGCCACUGCAGCCAGUCCAAACCCAGCAGCCCUGCUCACUCAAAGUCUCUCUGUCUUCUGACAACAUCUGCGGCUCACCCACACACACUCCUCCUGGACAAGGCUGGACCGUUUACCACCAAACAUCUGAGAGAGUCACCUAUAAAUCUAGUAGCAAACCGCGCACUAGAUUCCUCAGUGGACCCGUGUCUCUGUCCAUCUGGUCCACUCUGAAACGACUAUGUCUAGGCAAAGAGCGCAGUAGUAGGUCAUCGCACAGCACCGGUGCCACCCCUGUCACCUCAGCAUCAAAUCAGCAAUCAAUCCCACCCCCUGCGGUUAUGCCUGCGCCUGCUCCUCGGCCAAUCACAACGCUGGCUCAGGCUCAGACAAACAACAGCAACAAUAAAACCGGGACAUUUACAGAUGACUUGCACAAGCUUGUCGACGACUGGGCAAAAGAAACACUUGCUGCCGGCCUUCAGCCACGGCCCUCUCUCAACCAGAUCAAACAGCAGCAACGCCAUCAGGACUUCAAGGCCACUUCCAUGCCUAUGGGUGGAGCUGCAAAUCAGAUAAGGCCUCCAGUCCCUCCAAGCUCGUUGCAGUUCCAGCUGCCGCCUCCCUGCCCGCUCUCAGCUGCUCUGGGUCCUGCAGUGCCCCCCGCCCUCAGCACCACCCCCUCACCUGUCCUCCAGCCAGCCGGCUACCUGCUUCCCACCGGUCCUUUUGGAGGGGUGAUGCCGAACCCUGGGUACUCAACCCAGUGGCCUGGAAUUCCCUGUCCAGUUGGCACAAUGGGGCCAGUGAACAUGCUUGGCACGGCGGGUAUGGUACCCUUCUCUGCAUUGGCCAACCCUGCACUACAAUCGUUUCCCAUGAAGUUGAAUGGCUCGGACAACCCCGUGUGCCCUGGCAGCGCUAGGACUGUGUAAUUACGUCACCAAAUGUACUCCUGUCCAUUCCAUAAGCAAUGUUCUGGGCCAAUAGCUUCAGUAACUUGUUUUUCUUUGUAAUGCAAAGCUAUGUAGUCUUGAGUUGAUACCCAUUCAAUGCCCCAUUCAAAUCAGUCUCUGGUAAGAGGUUUGUUACACCAGAAUCCUGCAUUCAAAUACUGUGUGGGGUUACCCUGGCCUCACAUUGAAACUACAAUACCCAUAGUUCUUUUGCAUUGGUCCAGUGGUAAUGAUGUCAGUAACAUCCUGCCUUUGACGGCAGAUGCACCUGUACAUAACCCCAGAGCCUGUAAAUAAUGUGUGUAUGUGCACAUGAAGUUGAGCGAGUGAAGGUAAGUCUGCAUUUGUCUGUAAUAUCACUAUGGCCUUUAUGAAUUCUACAGCCAUAAUUGGUCAUAAUCUCAUGUGGUCUUUUUUUUUUUUUUUUUUUUAAAUAGAUACAUGAACACUCAGAGAAACUAAAUUUCAGGAACUCUAGAAGUAUCCAUUUAGAAUUAUGUUGAUCUACCUGUAAUAGUAAAAAGGUAGAGCACUAAAUCUCAACAUGCAUUUAUUAAACUCCCAGAUAUAGGGCUCUGGUUGGUACCCUAAUGUUUUGUUUUGUGGGUUUUUUUUUUUUAAAUACAAGACAAUUACUGAUAGAAUUGGCCACCAUGUACACAAAAUGCAGUCUCAGACCACAUUGCAGAUUCCCUACAUGCAAAAGAGACAUUCAAGGAGAAUGUAGUGCCUUGGUAAUGAAACAGGUUUUCCCAUAUAAAUCAGCAAGCCUCCCCUCAAAAAGGCUGGCACUUCCUCGAGUUACUAGGAAUCUCCUGUUGUUUUAAUGCAAUAUCACUUAUUUUUCUGUCUCGCACUUCCCACUGCUUGAGGUUUUUGUUAGAUUGUUUACAAUUUUAAAAGCCCUUCAUAUAAAGCACUGCAUGAACCAUGCUCUUAAUUUAGUGUCGAGUGUAAAACAAACCUUUUGGCUUACGGCCCCAGCGCGAAGCCGUUAACAAGCACAAUGUGAGAAUUCGCAAAUGUUUAUACCAACAUUGUAACCUCCUAAAACGUUGGCCACUUGCAUGCUUUUGCUGUCUUGAUAGUGGACAACAAGGGCCAUACCAUCGCUGUAAUUACAUUUGUGGAAAAAUGAACUCCAAUUUCAUGUGGUGCUUGUUUCAUGUUGUGCGUGUUGAGGCAAGAACGGCGCGUUUGCAUGCUCAUCGUAAAGUUUACAAGUUUACAAAAUUCAGUCCAUUUUAUUAGUUAUUUUUGUAAAGGUGGGGAUGAGUGACUUUGGAGAAGUCGUGUGUGCACGUUGGAGACGUCUCAGAAUGUAACAGUUGUGUAAGAUAGGGACAGUGUAGCUGCGCAGAUUUAAGUGCAAUUUCACCCUCUUUCACGAUUUAAAAAAAAAAAGAAAGAAAAAGCAGGAAAAAAAUAGAAAUAAAAAGCUUUCAGAAAUGGCCUUGCCACAAGCCUUAUCCACACACCAGGGGCAAGCAUUGACUUUGGCACUGUACGGGACUGCCUAGUGUUCCAUAAACAGACUAAUGUGAGUUUAAUUUAAUUAGAUUUCUAUUAUUUUAGUUUUUUUCCCUUGUUGUAACUAUAUUGAUAAACAUUUUGCUUUGGGUGUAUUGUUUUUCCUUUGUAGGGCAGUGCAAUCAGUAGACAUGUUUAUAUGGUCUAAUAAGUUUUCUUAGCCUUUAUUUAGUGCUGCUAGUUUGUCCUGACUGAUCUAAUUUAGUGAUUUGAUGGUGAGCAACAGUGGCUAUGCGUACAAGCACACAGUGCAGUGCACAAGGCAAUACGUUAACUCUAGUACAGCAAACCGAGCAGGUCAUCUAGAUAUAAUGUAAAGUACUGAGUCUGAAACUUUAUGUAAAAUCCAGCCGUAAGCCAUGUGCAGAUACAAAUACCAUACUGUGUAUGUGUGUCACACAUAUUGAUGCUCUGCCCAUAAAUGUCUUCUUUUGUAAUUGAGGUUGGACAGCUACUCCGAACAUUCGGCAGAAAUGCAGUUCAAAUAAUUGCGUAUUUUGUUUAGACUGACUACAUGUUGAGUCUCUACACUGCCGGGCUGGCCUAAGUUGUUAAAGCUAAUCAAAACUACGUGGGCUGGAAACAAUGAAUUAUCCAACAUGAUGAGGCCAACUACUCCAAAAAAAAAAAAAAGGUUUGUGGGCAGAGCAUGGACCAGUCAGUUGAUCACACGAUUCACUGCUUUCUUUUGCGGUUCUUUUUAUUUUUGAAUUAUUAUUUUGUUAGGUGUUCAAAAGGCUUUGGGGCUCAUUUUGAGCAGGAUGGCCUAGCGCCCUGAGGACACUGCUAUAUAACUGCACUUUCCCCCCUCCACAAUCGAAGCGUGAUCUUUGCAACUAAAAUACUUUGACCAGCAUAGUCAGGUUCUCCACUACACAGUUCCUAUAAAUGGAGCCACUUUUUUCUACCCCAUGUUUGAAGAGGUCAUGAAACCGUGGUUCUGCCAAGCUGUGAAUUGUACAGGUUGCCUGUGAUGAAUAUAUGUAGAACUCUUUUGCUUUGUAUACCUUCAUUUUUUUUUUCCUUUUGGGGCCUUUCCCUAGUGUACAUUUUAUUAUUCCAUCAAUUCAGUUUGAAUUGGACUUUUUAUAUAGUCUAUUAUGCAGAAUCCUCUGCUUUUGGGUGAAACACUUCUGGUAAGAGAUUUCUGUCCUCUGUUACUUGUUGUAUUUCGCAUCCACUUUGCCAAGUCUAUUUAAACCUUCAGCAGAUGUGCAACUCAAUUAUUAUUUAUUGUUGGUUACCUUUUUUUUUUUUUCCCUCUCAUCAAAGCUGUUUUUGAUUGCUUCUGCCUAGAGUACACCUCUCUCUGCAUUACGUUACUCAGCCCAGCCCAAACAAGCUGCACUCCGAUCACAAAGACUCUGUAUAUGUUUAAAGAAAUAAAUAAACAUUAUUUUGUGCUUGAUAA